AAACGAAAUCCCAUAUUUUUUUUCAAUUUUUUCUUUUUCAGAAAAAAUAAUUUCUUCGGGCAAAAUCUCUCAACUUUAUCAAUCUUUACCGGUAAGUCAUCAAAUUUCUUGCCCAGAUUCAGCAAUACGUAAUUGGGUUUUUUUUUUUUGAUUGCUUUGUUCUAGUUAGUGUGUAGGGUUUUGUUUUUGUUCAAGAAAUGAAACCCUAGGCUAAUUUGAUUUCUGGGUUUUUUGGGAGAUUCAUAGGUAAGGAUAUUGGAAAAUGAAGGUGUUAAAUGGUUUGUAUAGUUCAAGAAACCCCAAGUUUCGUGGGGUUUUAAAUGGACUCUGUAGCUUGAUUUUGUUUUUCUUAUUGUACAACCAUGUAGAUGUGAUGAAAAGCCCAAUUUUAAGGCAAUCUUCAUCGUUUAUUGAUCAUAGUUCGACUCAAAACCCUGUUAUGAAUAAUGGGUUAAGUCAGUUUUUGGUAAUUCAUCGAAAAACAAUAGAAAUCAAUGACAAUUCAUCAAGUUUAGCUAAUAAUUUCACUGUGGGCGAUCCUGCUUUGUGUACUGGAUUGAGUGAUCAUAAGGGUUUUGCUAACAAGUGUGAGUUCUUGAAAGCGAACCCGGAAUGUUCAUCAGGGGGUUUCUUUAAUUACGUUAAGUUCUUGUAUUGUGGUUGUGGAGGAUUUACGCUUUUCGGUUAUGCAGUAUUGCUUAUUUGGUUGGCUGCAUUGUUUUAUCUGUUGGGUAACACUGCUGCGGAUUAUUUUUGUUGUUCUUUGGAGAAGCUUUCAAGUCUGUUGAAGUUGCCUCCGACUGUUGCUGGAGUUACGCUCCUUCCUCUUGGCAAUGGAGCGCCGGAUGUGUUUGCGAGCAUAGCUGCAUUUAUGGGGACAAACACUGGUGAAGUUGGACUUAAUAGUGUGUUGGGUGGCGCAGUGUUUGUUACUUCUAUUGUUGUUGGGACUGUUUCACUGUGUGUCGCGGAGAAGGGAGUUCAGAUUGAUAGGAAAUGUUUUAUUAGGGAUGUUGGUUUCUUUCUCUUUACACUUGUGUGCUUGUUGAUGAUUUUAGUUUUUGGGAAAGUGAGUGUUGGGGUGGCUCUUUCAUUUGUGUCAAUCUAUGUGGUUUAUGCAUUUUUAGUGGCUGCAAAUGAGAUUUUUAGGAAACAUGCACAACGGUUGAAAUUGGAUGUUGUUACUCCCCUGCUCCCUGUCAGAGGAAGUGUAUUUUCUCAAGGAAGUGAAGAGGAUGUUUCAGUGUAUAGUUCUUUGCUUGACCUCGAUACAGAAGAUGAUCCACCACGACUCCACCCUUCCUUACCUCAAUGGAUGUGGGCUUCAAAUGUGGCAAUAUAUUCAAACCAUUUAAUGAAAGCCAGUGAGUUUGAUCAUGAAAGACCAUGGGGCUGGACUGAUGAGGCAACUCAAAAUAACAAUUCAUCUUGUUCAAGGUCUAAAAUAAUUUCACUCUUGGAGUUGCCAUUGACAGUGCCAAGACGUCUAACAAUUCCAUCAGUUGAGGAGGAAAUGUGGUCAAAGCCAUAUGCUGUUGCCAGUGCUUUAUUGGCACCAAUUCUCCUGGCAUUUCUGUGGAGUAGCGGAGACAAUUUAAGUUCUCAAAGCAUAUGGGUUGCAUAUUUUAUUGGUGUUGCGGUGGGUUGCUCACUUGGUGCUCUUGCUUAUCGUUUCACUGUAUCUGAUCAUCCACCUCAGAAUUACUUAAUUCUCUGGGUUUUAGGUGGAUUUCUUAUGAGUAUUGUAUGGUUUUACAUGAUUGCUAAUGAGCUUGUUGCUUUGCUGGUAGCAUUUGGUAUAAUCUUCGGAAUCAAUCCCUCCAUCCUUGGUUUAACUGUCUUGGCAUGGGGUAACUCUAUGGGCGAUUUGGAGUCAAAUGUUGCGUUGGCGAGGAACGGUGGGGAUGGUGUACAGAUUGCUUUGUCUGGAUGCUAUGCAGGUCCCAUGUUCAACACACUUGUUGGUUUGGGUUUGUCAUUGCUGCUCGGAGCCUGGUCAAACAGACCAGCUUCAUAUGUGAUUCCCCAGGACCAGAGCUUGUUUUACACAAUGGGAUUUCUCGUAUCAGGACUAAUCUGGGCACUUGUAGUAUUACCUCGGAAUGACAUGCGCCCAAGUAAAUUGCUGGGAGCAGGCCUUAUUACGCUCUAUCUGAUAUUUCUUUCUCUCAGGUUACUCGGCGCUAUGGGAUUAAUACCAAUGGGUAGUUUAUAUUGACCUUCUCUUUUGAUCAACUAAAUAGACAUGGAGAAUGUAAGAUGUGAGAGAAGAGUCUCAAAAUUGAUUUCCUGAUUAGUUUGCAUUCCUCACAAAGCAAUGAUGUUUUAUUAGCAAAAAAAGAUAUAGUUGUAAUUGUAGGCAUAUACUGUAUAUGUACAUUGUAAUAAAUCCUAAUCUAGUGAUUUCAGGAUUGUGGAUAUGUUACUUCGGAUAUUAAGGCAAGACGAGGCUCAUUUUUGUGCUUGUUUGAUCAA